AUGGAUUCAGUUAUAAUAUCCAAUAAUGGGAUGUAUCUGUACAUGCUCGAUCGAUUCCUUACUCCUGUCGUUGGAGGAAGUUCUCAGUGGAAUCUGUGUUAUCGACGCUCUAUUCAUACCCAAUACGACUUCAAAUUUCAUCAGAGGUGCGACGGAAAGAAAAACACGCUUACGAUAAUAAAAAAGAAUGAGUUCGUGUUUGGAGGUUUUACUGACAUUCCAUGGGGUAGGUAGUUAUUUUCAAUUUCUUGGACUUAGCCUCAUCAAGGAUACUAGUUUUAACAGGGUGCGUUUUUCCCUUUACAGCGUAAGCGACGGUAAAAGCAGCAACAAAAACGAGCAACUUGUUUCGCGACAUUGCUAUAAAACGAGUUGAAACGGGAUGUUGCGCGUUUUUAAUUACCACUCACGAAUCAAAACUGUCUUGUAAAGAAGAUAAGUUAAAAAUUCGUGCGUUUACAGUUCUGUUCAUACAGAACAACAAUUAACCUUGACCGUACGAAAAUUUAGACCCCUAUCCCUUCAAGGUUCGGUGUUGACCGAGCGAAAAUGUCGAACGGUCCUGUGCCAGUGGACGAAUUGCCCGGUCAGAUUUUUUAGCUGGUCGAAAAUUCGUUCGGUGCCGAGCAGCCUUACAACCGAGCAGCCUUGCAGCCUUACAAGACAAAUAUUCGGAUCAUUAUACCUUUCCUGGAAACUGCCCACCUACCUCUCCCCUAAGCCAACAUUUUGCCUCAAGUGAGAAGUAAGUGUUAAUGUUGGCUUAGGGGAGGGGUAGGUGGGCAGUUUCCCAGAAACGAAUAAUGAAUUUUGUAUGGUAUACAGUUUCAUUGCAAUUGUAAAGUUAUUAUUUAUUGGUAACUGUUGCAAACAGCCGUUUUUGGGGAUAUUGCUGUUAAAAGUAACAAUUUCCCUCUUUUAAAUUUAAAAAAGGUGUUUUCUUUGCUAUUUCUCUCUCUCUCUAUCUUUCCACUGCAGCCGGUGCGGAUUUUGUAUACAGAGAAACAACCAAGGCUUUCAUCUUCUCUCUUCGAAAUAAAGAGCAACUUGGGCCCUUCAAGAGCAUGGUAAAAGAACCAUCAAACGCAAUUUAUAAUCACAUGUACAGGGGACCGACAUUUGGCAGGACAGAUAUUCGUAUCGACACUACUCAUAAACUAGUGGAUUCGUCAUCGUCACAUCUGGGAACGUCUUAUUCUGCACCAAAUGAAGUCAAAGACAACAGCACCAUCCUGGCCGGUGCUAACAGGUUCGAUCCGGAUGAACUGGAGGUGUUUUAUCUCCAAUGA